AUGGGGCCGAAGAUGAUUGAAACCCUUGGCCGCUCUCAAUUGUCGGCGCUGGGCGACCUCCUUGCCACGCCUGGCGUCUGCACCAGCCCCGACAAGGAGACGAAGGACUUUAUCUUUCAGCAGACGAUGAUCCGCAUCAAGGACCCCAAAGCCUCCUUGGAUUUCUAUACCAGGGUCCUGGGUAUGACGCUGCUGGCAAAGCUGGAUUUCCCCGACAUGGCGUUUACCCUGCUGUUCGUUGGCUACUGCAGCCCUGACGAGAUUCCAGACGACCCGAAGGAGCGGGCCAAAUGGAUGUUCAGCCGCCCGGCCUGCCUGGAGCUGACGCACAACCACGGCACAGAGUCGGACCCCAACUUUGCCGGCUACUGCAACGGCAACGCGGACCCUGGGCGGGGCUUCGGCCACAUCGGCCUGGCGGUGCCGGACGUCGAGGCGGCCUGUGAGCGCUUCGAGCGGCUGGGAGUUGAGUUUGUGAAGCGCCCGUCUGACGGCAAGAUGAAGGGCCUCGCCUUCAUCAAGGACCCGGACGGCUACUGGAUCGAGAUCCUGAACCCGGACAACUCGAAGAACUUUGGCUCGACCUGA